AAAUAUGAGAGAAUCACAUGUUUUGAUAUUUUUUUUGCCAGGGUUCUUUAUUUUUUAAAUUCUCUUAGGAAAAUAUACAAGUUUCCUAACCACAAUGAUACAAAUUGUGUGAGAAUUCUACCAAAUAGGCAACAGUGUUUGGAACGUUUAAUGCGCAAACUCUUGUAUUGUUCGUGUUGGUAAUAUACAAUACUCCAUAUUAUACAUAAGUGGAGAAAGCGUUGCGAUAAGACAAUUUCCUUAAAUAACGAUCACAAAAUGUUUUAACAAUAGUACCAUUACUAUCUGGCGAGCGUGAAAAAAUAAUUUGAUAAAAAAACUUGGUGGGUUUAUUUAAUUUUUCUGAUUCCAUUAAAAAAUAUCGUUUCGGAAAAACACAACUCGAAGCAAAAUGUUACGGCAAGAAAAUUUGGCAGCUAAUUUUUGUGGUUUAUUAGCGGGCCAGGGGUACACAGAUAAACCACAGGAGUGGCGUGUUCUGGGACAAGAAAAAGAUGGUUCUAUGCUGGCUUCCUGGCAAUUUGAGAAGAUGGAUGGUGAAACAAGAGAAACAUGCAUUGGACACUUUAAUCCAAAUACUAAAACCCUGCGUGUUUUAUAUCGUCUUGAAGAAUGUGUUGAGGUUGUACAGGCUACUGUAAAUAGUUCAGUUAGCCUUCUGGCCUUCGUCGUUAAGAAAAAGUGGAAGGAAAGCGAAAAUGAAUCGCAACCAGAUUGUAUUUGCUAUUUUGCCUAUAUUACGGAGGUACGAGGAAAAGAAGUAACUCCUGAAUGCACCUCUUUACUGAAGGUACCCAGUAGGCGUCAAGUAUUAGUGCAAUUUUUGUGGCGUACCGAAAAUCGUUUCGAUAAAUGCUGGCAAGAAAAACUUUUAGUAUUAACACAUGGAAUAAGUGUUCUCCAGUAUACUUGCACAAUUAAACCAAGAGAUCAUGCAGCCCUCACAUUGGAUUUUGCCAACGAUGAGGAAUGGUAUUUGGAUGUGACACUAUUGACACCUGAGUGUUUAGUAAAAAAAUUCACUUGGGCCCAAUGGGAUAGUGAUAAUCAAGCUCUUUACUAUAUACACAUGAAACCAAAAGCAAAGAGCAUCUCUCUCAUGGAAUCUGAUGAUGACAAUGACAACAACGAGAAUGUUAUGAGCCCAACGCUAUCUGCAUUUCAGUUCAAUGAUAAGUUGCCAACAGAAACUGUGUUGAAUAUACCAUUAAAUUUGCCAAAAUUGCCAACCGGCUCAUUUCAUGACGAUGACGAUCCUACCUAUGAAGAUGAUGUGGUGCCGCUGAGAGUUCAUGAUACUUCUUUGAAUUUGAUUAUUUUGGCAGAUACUAGUGGCAUGCUUUUCGUUUGUCAUUAUUAUCUCUACCAACCAAUACAACCGAAAAAUGUUGACGAAAGUGAAACCCCAUCGGCCGGAAGUUCCACAACGUCAUCUUCGGCACCUUCUGUUAAUGGCCAAAAAGUUGAUGUUCAUUUCGCUUAUUCAGUUACUUUAUUGCAUCAUGGAUGUGUUGUACACUGUGUAAUGCCCGGCGUUCCUUGGGAAAAGGCACGUCUUCUAAAACCAACAUUCGCAUUGCAUGGUCCUCAUCAUCUACUUGUAUUCCAACCGGAUUUGUUUGUCCAUCUUUUGGAUGUGGGCUUAACACACGAACCUUGCUGUCACAUUGUAUGUCCAGCACAUAAUCGGAAUCCUCUUACGCAUCUAGUACCAUGUCGAAAAUGGGGUUUCAUGGCAUAUGAUACGGCUACAUUAGACUUGGUAUCUUUAUCAGUCCCACGUGCACAUCUCAUUGAAGCAUUCCGAAACGAUACAUCUGUCGAUAAUCGACUAAGCAUAAUACACCAUUUUUUGGUUCACGCUUCAAAUGACCAACUGGAUGUGCUUUCAGAACUGUUGAGUAUUAUAAUGGAACGUCCAUUGUCCUUAGAUACUGUUGCUUUAUUAAAAGAGUCUCUAGUUGCCGGUAGUUAUGCAGCAGCUUUGCGCGGCCUACCAUCGGAUGCCAUAAGCAUGUCAAAGUUCUUGCCGUUAACUACUGCUGAUGCAUCAAAACCAAUACAAGCCAGAGUAGCUGAUAUAAGUGUUGGCAUUUCCCAUGAGAGUUUGUGGAAUACUAGUAUGAUGUUGUUAUCUCCCCAACAGCGUUUGUCACCAUACAAAGCAGAUAUUUGGACACGUUUGUGGGAACACCUUAACGAUGCGGGGCACAAAGAAAAUUCCAAUUGUUCCAAUAGACGCUUUACAGUAGAGCAAGUAAGUGAAAAGUUGAUGUUUUCCUUGGCCUGCUACCAGCCAGAAGCACUUUCGCGGUGUACGACGCCGCAGACAACAACACCAAGCACUGGUGGUGGCAGCAUAAAUGAUUUUUCUUCGGGAAUUCGCCGUAGCUGCAAUGAAGUUAUGCCAUUCAUAGAAGUAGAAUCGUGCACUGCCACUAAACAGGAGCACGUAAUGUCGGUGACAUUACGAGAGCUUAGUGUACACCUGGUGAAAAAUUCGUCUAAACCAAAUACUGGGUUUCGAUGGCUUAAGGAGACAUUCUUCGAAAGAUCUCAAGCUCCGGCUCAUGUGCACGCUGUCGCAACACAAUAUGUUGCAGCUCAAUUGGAUUUAUCCCGUUCCCUUUGCUCAUUAGUCUGCCGGGCGUCUGGCUUACACGCAAGACAUGAAACAUUUAGAGGGUUUCAGCUAAUAGACCAAAUGAGCAAUGGUCAACAACAUUCCCUAUUUCUCAUAUUAGAACGGUAUUGUUUGGCUGUAGACUCGAUUGCAUUUCCUCUCCCACAAGGAUUUGCUUCAUUUUUUACAUAUCUCGGUUAUAGGGCUCUAACGUUUGAAAUGUUUUUGCAGUAUGUUCAAAAUUUUGUUUUUGAGCUCCAAAUCGAUGUCAUGAAAGCUAUAAUCAAUGAUAUUGAUGACUCCAAAGAUGGCAUUGAAAAGAAACUGUGUCUGUUGUCUGCGUUACCAAAACAACGCGCUCAACGAUUACUAAAAAACUGGAGUCAUCCAGAAAGUCUAAUGAUUCGUGGUCGCGAACAUGCAGCGAAUAUACUCUCAGGCAAUCCUGUACAACAACGAAAGGGAAGUGUUUCCAAUAUGAACUCACAACAUCGAACGGAUGUUCGAAGUGGUAUUGCCGCAGAUAAAUUGUCGCCAUUGGAUUCAUUUUUGGAUCUUCUUACAGCCAAAGCUAGUCUUAACGAAUUGGAUUACAAUCUACUAAUUGAAACAACUGUGUCAUCCAUGGGUCAUUUGAACACUACGCAUUAACUUCGUGCCAUCGUAUAUUCUCCAUAUGUGCUAAUUCGUAUUUAAGAUUUGCAAUUAAUUUCAAAGUAUAUACAUUAUUGCCAAAUUGAGGCUACUAAUACGCUUAUUUACUUUAUAUAAUCUCAUGGCAUUACUUAAACCAAUGAACUUCCCAACAUUAAUUAAAAACCAAUGACAUAUACUUGAUAUUUCUUUAUAAGUUUUGUUAUUUUAUAACUAAGUUUGUUUUUCGGCGAGACAGUGUCUACCAAACAAGCUUUUUGAUUAAUAAUAAUUAAAUUUAUUUAUAUGCCAUUAACAGUUUUUUUUGACAUUCCUUUUUUUUUUGUUAAAAAAAACAUACAUACAUAUAUGUACAGUUAUUUAAACUUUUUUGUUAUGAAAUUAUCAAUAAAUAUCUUCUUAAAAAACUAA